CGGGGGGGCCGCGAGGAUCGCCGCCGCCAUGCCGGCCCUGCUGGAGCGCCCGAAGCUGAGCUCGGCCAUGGCCCGCGCCCUGCACCGGCACGUCAUGGUGGAGCGCGAGAGGAAGCGGCAGGAGGAGGAAGAGGUGGACAAGAUGAUGGAGCAGAAGAUGAAGGAGGAGCAGGAGAGGCGGAGGAGGAAGGAGAUGGAGGAGCGCAUGUCCCUGGAGGAGACGAAGGAGCAGAUCCUGAAGCUGCAGGAGAAGCUGCAGGCCCUGCAGGAGGAGAAGCACCAACUUUUCCUGCAGCUGAAAAAGGUCCUGCACGAGGAGGAGAAACGCCGCCGGAAGGAGCAGAGUGAUAUGACAACCUUGGCAGCUGCCGCCUAUCAGCAGGGCAUGGCCGUGCACGCUGGCACCCACAUCCUCAACAUGCAAGGGAGUCCGGGUGGGCAUAACCGGGCUGGGACCCUCAUCUCAGCUGAUCGAGCCAAGCAGAUGUUUGGACCUCCUGUGAUCACGACGCGGCACUUUGCUACCCAACCAGCUUUCCCAGCCAGCACCCCAGAACACGGGCAGUACCAGGGCAGCCAGACUGGGCACAGCCCCUACGCCGUGGGCCAGAGCCAGCACACGGUGCCCGUCAGCUAUGCCAGCAGUCAGUCAAUCCGAGGCCCAUCUGCCUUCUCCACAAUGCAGUAUUUGUCUCAGCAGCAACCUGGUUAUGCAAUCCAUGGUCACUUCCCUGCUGCCCAGGCAGGUUUCAUCCCUCCGAGCACCACCAUCCCUCUUCAGAAGCAGUUGGAACAUGCUAAUCAGCAGUCUGGAUUUUCUGACUCGUCGACCCUCCGUCCGAUGCACCCCCAGGCCCUUCAUCCGAACCAGGGGCUCCUACAAGCCUCUCAGCUCCCCGUCCAAAUGCAGACCACCGCCAAGCCCAGUUUGGCCUACACUCACACAGCCCGGCCCGCCUCUCCUGGUAGCUUCUCACAGCAGCCUCACACGUCUGGCUUCCAGGCGUCUCCCCAGCCAGCACCCCGGCACCCGUUUAUACAGCACCCACAGGGUCAGCGUUUCUACCACAAGUGAGCACCAGCGGGCCCCAGCGGUCGCUUCAGCCUCCCGCCCGACCCCCCCCGUGCCCCCCGUGACCACAGAAGAGCCGUCUAGGAUAACUGUAUGCACAGGAAUACUUCUGUCCCUGCCUUCCUCCCAAAGCGUCAUGAAUUUUGCAAAAGCAACAAUUGCGCUCUCAGUGCAUUCUGCUUCCUUCGUUCCGAGGAGGGUGAGCGUGGCGUGGUUUGUCCCAAGCCCUAGUCAGCCACUUAGCAUGGUGGCAGAAGCCAGGAUCGGAGGGCACACUUGCAAAUUAGGCUGCAGCAGAAGAAAGCGAAACCGUGUGUAUUUUUGCGUGGUGGGUUAAGUUUUGGUCAACUCCUACCUCGCAGGCUUGGGCCAGAAAAGCAGAAUUGGGCCUUUCCUGCAACUGGCAAGAGCCGAUUCCAAAUGGUGAUGAAUUCGGCUUCACACGGGGUUCAGCCUCCUCUCUGGUGUCCCUGCUAUGCUUGAAGGAACAGCCCUCCUUCUUGCUCCCCUCUGCGAGAAGGUCCUCCACAGAGCAGCCCCCCAACCAGCAGGUGGGGCUGAGGCACAGGGUCCACCUAGGCCAGGGAGCCUAGCCCCUGGGCAGGGCAGGGAUCCAAAGGGAAGGUGGCUAACCCGAUAGCCCGGUUCAGGCACAUAGAAGGAAGCCACGGAGAAGACCGUUGCGGACUAUUGGUGGAGGCCAUAGAAACUAGGACCAGAAAUAGCAGAAGCUGCAGCCACCUCGAUUUCAUGUAAAGGUAAAGAAAAAGGUCCUGAUGGUAAGGUCCGCACCACAGUAGAACAGGUUACCCAUGAAGGUUGUGGGUUCUCCGUCUCUGGAGGCUGUUAAGAAGAAGGUGGACAGCCGCCUCUCCUGGAUCGCUUGAUUGGUUUUCCUCCACAUUGCAGAGGGUUGGACUAGAUGGUGGUUCUGCCUCCUCCCAGCUCUGUGAUUCUAGGAUCUGGAGAGCUUUGCUGGGUGACAUCCUUUCAAGUACUUGAAGAGUACAACCAUUGCCAGCUCGGCCACGCCUUCUCAAGGUUGAACGUUCUCUGCGCUUAAUGUAUUGCCAUAAGUUUCUAGUCCUCUGAUGGUCCUCGCUGCUGUUCUCUGAGCUUGUUCCAUGAUGUCUAAGUUGUGUUUAAAAGGUGGUGCCUGGAACUCAACACAAGGUGGUGUGACCAACCCAGAAUAAAGUGCUUGCUGCUUGUGA